GUACGUACGGGUGCGGCAUGCAUCUGCUAUCUGACCGUUGGUCGGCGUUCCUCUCACCUUAGCUUGCUUGCUGUUCUGACCUCCGAGGACCUUCGCCUCGACACCUGAAACCUGCACUGCGAAUAGCCGUUGGAGUGCUCGACUCGCAAACUCGCUUAUCUCCAAUUCGUCGGCUGACGCAAGCCGUGCUUUUCGUACCCAUCCAUCAACCGAGCAGCAUGUGUAUUCAUCUACGGAUAUACCAGCAAACCUUGUUUGAUUCCGCCAGCUAGUCGUGUGAGACAUUCGACGUGCGGGAUAUGCGCGCGGGCGGCCUACGUGGCGUGAUGAUGUUCUGUACAAUCUCCUUCACAUGUCUGGGGGGAGCAUGAGGCUUUGUCGGACGAGCAUUCACGCCAUGACGCUCGCUUUGGAAUUCACCUUUUUUCCCAUGCGGUGCCGUUCUGUAUGUCGCAACUAAUCAUGGACAAGGAGAGCAUCGUUCCAAGCGACGCCAAUAUUGAUUGCUCCGACCGCAAGUAACUUGAUGGGGAUACGCGAGACGGUUAUACAGCAAUAGUCGACAUGAGUCGAUGAUUGCCCUACCAGACAAGAUAUGCCAUGUUUCUGGGCUUGUUUAAUUCUCGAUAUCCAAGGACCAAGUCUCGGAACUAAGGCAGUGCUUGUGCAUGUCGGAGGCAAACGAUACUUGCUUGGGCCUGACAGCCGAGCAUGGCCAUCAGAGACGAGGAUCUCGAUGUGGAAGAUGCCGAUAGAUGGCGCGGAGCAGACUAAAUCUCACUAG